GAGGACGAGGGUUCGGAGGACGACGACGAGGAGGACUCGGACGCUGAGGAGGAGGACGAGGAGGACGAGGAGCUCAAGCCGUACGAGGAGCUCGACGAGGUCGACCCGGACGUCGCACCCGUCGAGAAGAACGUCACUAACGACAAGGCGGCCCUCGAGCGCGUCCUCGCGUCGUUCAAGACCGACGCCGGCUUCUUCGACACGCUCACCCUCACCAACCCCAAGCCGCUUAACGUUCCCGACGCCGACAACGACCUGGAGCGCGAGCUCGAGUUCUACAAGCAGUCGCUGUGGGCCGCCAUGCACGCCGAGACGCUCUUCAACCGCGCCGACCUGCCGUUCCACCGCCCGACCGACUACUUUGCCGAGAUGGUCAAGACGGACGCCCACAUGGCCAAGAUCCGCCAGGGCCUCCUCGACGAGCAGGCCGGCAUGAAGGCGAGCGAGGAGGCGCGCAAGCUGCGCGACGCCAAGAAGUUUGGCAAGAAGGUGCAGCACGAGCGCCUGCGCGAGCGCGAGCGCGACAAGAAGGCCGUCGGCGACAAGCUCGAGAGCCUCAAGAAGCGUGCGUCCCCUUGUCUCUCUCUCUCUCUCUCCCUCUCGCGCAAGUCUCUUGACGAGCUCAAUCAUACUGACCCUCUCGGCCCGCCAUCGCAGGUCGCAAGGGCGACGCCUCGUUCGGCGGCGACGACUUUGACGUCGCGCUCGAGGACGCGCUCGCGUCGGCCGGUCCCGCCUCGAAGAAGCGCAAGACGAACGAGUCGGAGCGUCCCGGUCGGGCACGCGCCGGCAUCUCGCGCGCCGGGCGCGACAAGAAGUACGGCUUUGGCGGCGGCGGCAGGAGGAGCAAGGAGAACAACAUGA